AUGGUCCGCUAUUACCACACGCCGCAGCGAGCUCAUGUUGUUCAGCAAAACGCAAACCAUUGUUCCCUUUGGAUCAACACGAUACAGGCUCCGGGGCUGUAUCCCCGGUUGCCCUCCCCUAAAUCCGGCCCUGACCGAACCGAAUCAGCGUAUUCGCGAGCAGCCGCCGAGGAGAUAAUCGCCAACUUGUUGGAUUCGCGAUUCGUCUCGACGCCCGAAAUUCCC